AUGCAUGAAGAAAAAUGGCUACUGGAUUGCACUCUAGAAGAUGUACUUACAGAUGAGGUAUCUAUACCUCAUCGUGUCGCAUCGAAACUGGUUAAACUGUUUGCGGAAGGGAAUGAGGUCGCUUAUAUCGCACGGUAUCGUGCUGACGCACAUGAAGGGAUGUCCUGUGAUCAGAUUCGACAUUCCUUCAAGGUGUUCAAUGAAACAAAGGAGCUCAACAAAAAGGUGGAAAAGGCGAUCGCAAAUGUCACCACAAAAAUCAAGUCUGAGCCUGAUCUGAAGUUAGCUGUGGAGCGCUUAAAAUCCUCGAGGGAAAUAGCGGAUAUCAAUGAAAUCACCCAGCUCUAUGCAAGUGCCAGGAAAACGAAAGCUUCAAUAGCACGAGAACUGGGUCUGGAAGAAGUUGCACAGGGGAUACUUGAAGGGAAGGGUUUCAAAUUAGAACAGUUCGCAGGAUCGAAACCCGAACUGAAAAAUUUGAAGAUCGUGGAACAGCAUGUCGCGAAUGCUAUGGCUGACCUACUUAAUAAAAUGCAAGAAACACAGGAUGCAGUCAGGAGAAUCUCAAAAAUGGAAACGAAAGUUUACUUAUGCAUCUGUUGUGAAUUGUCCAACAAGGCUAAGAAAUGGACCGAAAGUGACAAGUCAUACCGGUUGAUCUCGAACUUUAACGAUUACCUCAACUUCAGAAAAGAUGCUAGAAAAGUGGAAAAUUACCAGAUUCUUGCGAUGGAAAGAGGUGAAGAGAAUGAAGUCCUCACAUGGAAGGUAGAAGUCGCUCACGCAGAGAACGAACAUCCUGGAAACGCUAUACGGGUUGCGUAUGCGCAUAGAGAACUGUUUGAAACAGCACUGAAAGAUUCUAUAAACCGUCUUUUCGUUCCAAAGAUACAACGGACGAUACGUCGUUUUCUUCUGGGGCGAGCAGAGGAGGCUGCCAUCGCAUGCUUCGCACACAAUUUGCGACAAUUGUUUUGGCGAGAAGGAAUUGUUGCUGAAAGUGUCAUAGCUCUGGACCCAGGCUAUUCCGCUUGUAAGGCUGCCCUUCUUACCUCCACCGGAAUUCGCGGUGCGCUCGACCAGAGAAAAAAUUGCUACAAUGGAGAAAUCAUUUUUAAAGAUAAAGACUUUAUAACCAGGUUUUUUAAGGCUGUGGAAGGAAAGAUCGAGGCCGCAACUAUUCGACUGCUUUGGGUGACCGACAGGUGGAAGCUUCUAGUAGUAAUUCCAGAUUUUUACUCGCUUCUUAAACCAUAUUUUGUACUUCUGUUUAUAUGUUGUGCAUCAAAGGGAGGACUUUGUGGUUUUUUCUUCAACCUCUUCUGUUCUUUUUCAGAAAAUUUUAAUAAUCUUUCAUUUGUAUACGUACAAAUAUAUGUACAUAUGCAUAAUUUGGCGCGAAUUAAUUGUAUACAUUGUCGUUCUGGUGAGUGA